CUCGGGCAGAGUUGAUCAAGUUUGUGUGGCCGGUGCGCUCCUGAAAAAACACUGCGUACAAGUAGAAAGUGCACAGUCUACAAGCAAGUUGUGUUGGUGACUGAGACAAAUCCUACCAUCAUGGGCAAAGGAGAUCCCAAUAAGCCGAGGGGGAAGAUGUCCUCCUACGCGUACUUCGUGCAGACGUGCCGGGAAGAGCACAAGAAGAAGCACCCGGACACGUCGGUGAACUUCUCCGAGUUCUCCAAGAAGUGCUCGGAAAGGUGGAAGACCAUGUCUGGGAAGGAGAAAUCAAAGUUUGAAGACCUGGCGAAGACUGACAAGGUCCGUUACGAGCGCGAGAUGAAGACCUAUAUCCCACCUAAAGGUGAAAAGGGUGGCAAGAAGAAGAAGGACCCAAAUGCUCCUAAACGCCCACCGUCGGCAUUCUUCCUUUUCUGCUCUGAGCAUCGUCCAAAAAUCAAGGGCGAGAAUCCUGGUAUUUCCAUUGGUGACAUUGCAAAGAAACUGGGGGACAUGUGGUCCAAGCAGUCGUCCAAAGACAAGGUUCCCUUCGAACAGAAGGCAGCAAAACUGAAGGAGAAGUAUGAAAAGGAUGUUGCUGCAUACCGUGCCAAGGGCAAAGGAGAUGCUGGCAAGAAAGGACCGGGCAGGCCAGCUGCAACCAAAAAGAAAGCUGAGCCCGAGCUGGAUGACGACGACGAAGAGGAGGACGAGGAGGAGGAAGAAGACGAAGAGGACGAUGAUGAUGAUGAUGAUGAGUAAUGUCUGUUCAACCUGGAGGUUUAAGCUGGAAUUUACAAAACAAGAAUGUGAACUUGAAUGCAGCUUAACAUUAGUAUUGGGUUUUCUUAAAACAUGUACAGAAAUGUGUAUAGCUGUAAUACAUAUUAGGGUCAUGUGCUGUUUUGUAAUGAAAGUAGUAGCUGAUCCUUGAAGCACUGCUUUUUUUGUUUUGGAUAGGGUGUGAUUCUGGUAUGUUUCCACUGCCAUUUUAUAAACAAUUUUAUGUAGUAAAUGCAGUAUAAUGUUUUUUACAUGGGACUUAAAACUUUGUUCUAACUGUGUAGAUUGCAAUUUUUUAUAAUAAAAUUUUGUAUAUUA